AUGAUGGAGGAUUACAGCUCCACAGCAAAAGCGCUCUCUCUUCCAAUAUCGCCCAGAUCACCACCUUUGGGAGAACGACAAGCUCCACGUCCAAGUUGGUCUCGACAUUCCUCUCGAUUGUCAAGAAGAGGUCAAAAUGCGUCACCAAACUCAUUCGGCCGGGCUCAAAGUCGCAAGGCUCGAAUUCUGAAGUCCGCUUUGAAAAUACAACGGAAGAUUAUCUUAGUUUUUACUGGCCUUCCAGUUUAUCAACAAUUUAUAGCAGCUCUAGCUUUUAUAUUCAUUGCCGUUUCUAUCAUAAUCUUCCUCAUAUAUAACGAGCGAAUAUUCGGCUUCCUCACUCCAUACGCCGAGAAAUGGCGAGAUACACGCGGCGGGUGGUUAAUUCUCUGGGUUCUCACUUUUAUCGCUGCCUUUCCGCCGGUAUUCGGAUACAGCACUACAAUUACGAUGGCUGGCUUCAUUUUUGGCUUUCCCAACGGUUGGUUUAUUGUCGCAACAGCUACAGUAUGCGGCUCGUUAGUUGCAUUUGUUGCCUCACGUACCAUUCUUUCGGAUUACGUUCAUCGCAUGCUCAGACAGGAUAAAAGAUUUGAGGCGCUUGCCUCAACACUUAAGCAUGAUGGGCUCAAAGUACUCUGCAUGAUUAGAUUCUGCCCUUUACCGUAUUCAAUAUCUAAUGCCGCCAUGUCAACAUUUCCGACUGUUCAUCCCGCUUCAUUUGCACUGGCAACUGCGAUAGCCUCGCCCAAACUUCUCAUUCAUGUCUUCAUUGGAUCCCGCAUGGCAGCAAUAGCCGAUUCUGGGCAAGGUCGUCAUUUAGAUGCCGGGACCAAAGUAAUUAAUUAUAUUUCAAUUCUAACUAGUCUAGCACUUGGCACUGCAGUAAGUUGGAUAAUAUACAAACGUACUAUCGCAAGAGCUCGCGAGCUUGAGUUUACAGAGCUCCAAGGCGGUAUGUUUGACUCCUCAUUAAACCUGUUAUCAGACACAGACCAAAUAUACAGGGAUUCCGUAGAGGAAGAUCAAGUUUCAUCACAAUUGCACAGUGACCUAGCUAGCCAUCGAAGUACAUCGGGACAGACAGAGGGGGAUAAUUCUGAUUACAUAGACUUCGAUGUCCCCUCGGAUAGGGCGGUAUUAAUGGGCAACACUCCGGCUUAA